AUGGGCUUAAAGGUUUUCCUGGGAGGAUUAAAAGAUCCUCUUGGCCCGAUAAUUAGAGCGCAAACUCCAACUACUAUCAGAGAAGCCUUGAGACUAUGUCUCGAGGAAAACAACUACAAUCACGGGAGAAACUGCCCAAAAACACCAGUUUUUCCACCUGCUCUUCCUCCGAGACCAUCUGCUAAUCUGCAGAGAAUUCCUAUGCGACCUCCUCCAGGCUUCCUACAACCUCCAACCUUCCAAUUUCGACCCCCUCAGAUAUUUUCACAGUAUCACCCCCCUCAAAACGCCCAACAAUACAGGCCAUCUCCACCUAUUCAACAAUUCCGACCUCCUCCACCUUUCCGACAAGGUCAACCCCCACAAUUUCGACAACCUCAGUACAAUCAGCAAUUUCCCAAACCAGUCCCUAUGGAAGUCGAUCCUUCCAUCAGGAGCCGACAAAUUAAUAAUAUGAACCGCUCACACCCGACAAGAGCUAAUCAUGGUCCACAUUAUCAACUACAAGUCGACAACGAACCCUAUGAGUAUUUCUAUGACGAAUAUAAUAUUCCUGACCCUCAGGCACAAUAUGAAAUGCCGAACUCAUAUCAGCAACCUGAGAAUUCACUACCCGCAGACGAAUAUGCAGGGCAAACUUCUCAAACACAAAACGAUUACACUAAUAAUAAUGAAGAGGGAGACGAUUUAAAUUUUCUGAUGGCUCAAGGUCACCAUCCGAUGACCUAG